AUGCCACCAAAUUCGGUCGUAGUAGUUGAUAACGCAUCCUACCAUAAUAAACAGUCGAAUCCCGCCCCAACUGCAAAUUCCAAAAAAGCAGAUAUGCAGAAAUGGCUGCAAGAAAAGGGCAUUCAGUACCACGAAAAUAUGUUUAAACCCCAACUUUAUAACUUAAUAAAAAAAAGUAAAGAGCAGCACAAGAAAUUUAGCAUCGACAAAAUAUUAGCUGACCACAAUCAUUCAGUGCUUCGCUUACCUCCGUACCAUCCAGAUCUCAACCCAAUAGAGAUGGCUUGGGCAGCCAUUAAAGGGUAUGUUAGUAGCAAAAAUGUAAGCUGGAACAUUAACACAGUAAUAGAGCUUGUGAAGGAGAAAGUUGUGUUAAUGGGUGCCAGCGAAUGGGCAAAAUUAUGCCAAAAAGUGAAGGAGAUUGAGGCACAAUAUAUAAAAAGUGACCAUGUUGUUGAUGUGGUCACUGAUGAAUUCAUUAUAUCUGUCGAUGAUGACAGUGACUCAAAUGAAGACAGCGAUUACGAAGAUGAUUUUCAAGAACAAAGUCCUAGCACCAGCUCUGCUUCUGCUGAGCCAAACCCUAGGGCCAGCUCUGCUUUUACUGACCCAACCCCCAGCACCAGCUCUGGUUUUACUGGUUUCGACCUUAUGGAAGGGAUAGAUUUCCUACCAUAA